GGCUGCCGGGGAAGGCCGUGCCUGGGAGGAAAAAUUGGGGUGGGAAGAGCCAGGCAGAUUUUGUGGGAAAAGCAGCCACGGCAGAGCCUUUCCUUGGGGAGGUUUUCCAGCACAGAGCUGCCCCUGGUGUCCUCUGGAUGAGGGCAGGGUGUUCUGAAGCCUUUUUGGGUGAAAUCAGGGAGGGAAUGGGAAAGGUUCAUCCUGAACCAAGGGGAGGUGUGGGCAGGUGGAGGCUUCAGACCUUGCAGAAAACCUAAAGGAGCCCAAACAAUUUUUCCUUCCUGUUUUGAGAGGAAGCUGCUUGAAAACAGCUACAAAUUUGUCUAAAACGCUUUCAUGUGGAGUCACUUCCUCACCUCCCGGCUGUUUUCCCAGUUCAGGACUGGGUGGAAAAAGGAUGAUGGAAUUCUGUUUAUAGACCGGCCUGGAAUGUUUCUCACACUUUUCAAAUUUUAUCCCUAUCCUGCUUCCAGCCUCCCCCCUUCCCCCCAAGAAUGCGCCGCGCCACCGGCUGCCCGCUGAGCCAGAUCUGCAUCCCCCCUCCCGCCGUCCUGGUGAGGAGCUUCCCGGUGAGAUCCAGCCCGGAUCCCUGCGGCACCACCGGCUUCCCGUGCCUCCCUCCCGGCAGCAGCCCCUGCUGCUACCCCGGCACCACCACCUUCGUCAGCCUGGGGAGCCUGGCCCAGGCCGCCGGCUGCGCCAAGCCCUGCGGCCUCGUGGCCACCACGUGCGUCCCCCCGUGCGGCCAGGGCGUGGCUGAGUGCACCACGAGGUGCAGGAACCCCUGCUGCUGCUGCUGGGUGACCGAGAGCUGCGCCAGGAGCCAGGACUGCUGCCAGGAGGUGGCCAAGCGCUCCACAGGCACGUGCCAGGAUCCCUGCUGCCAGGAGGUCACCAAGUGUGUCACCACGUGCCAGGAUCCCUGCCGCCAGGAGGUCACCAAGUGUGUCACCACGUGUCAGGAUCCAUGCCGUCAGGAGGUCACCAAGUGUGUCACCACGUGUCAGGAUCCCUGCUGCCAGGAGGUCUCCAAGUGUGUCACCACGUGUCAGGAUCCGUGCUGCCAGGAGGUCUCCAAGUGUGUCACCACGUGCCAGGAUCCCUGCUGCCAGGAGGUCACCAAGUGUGUCACCACGUGCCAGGAUCCGUGCCAUCAAGAGGUCUCCAAGUGUGUCACCACAUGUCAGGAUCCAUGCCGUCAAGAGGUCUCCAAGUGUGUCACCACGUGCCAGGAUCCCUGCUGCCAGGAGGUCACCAAGUGUGUCACCACGUGCCAAGAUCCCUGUUGUAAGGAAGUGACCAAGUGUGUCACCACGUGCCAGGAUCCAUGUUGUAAGGAAGUGACCAAGUGUGUCACCACAUGCCAGGAUCCAUGUUGCAAAGAAGUGACCAGGUGCACCACCACGCAUGUGGAUCCCUGCUGCCAGGAGGUCACCAAGUGUGUCACCACGUGUGUGGACCCGUGUUGUAAGGAGGUCUCCAAGUGUGUCACCACGUGCCAGGAUCCGUGCCGUCAAGAGGUCACCAAGUGUGUCACCACGUGCCAAGAUCCCUGUUGUAAGGAAGUAACCAAAUGUGUCACCACGUGCCAAGAUCCCUGCUGCCAGGAGGUCACCAAAUGUGUCACCACGUGCCAAGAUCCCUGCUGCCAGGAGGUCACCAAAUGUGUCACCACGUGCCAAGAUCCCUGCUGCCAAGAGGUGUCCAAGUGCACCACAACAUGCCAAGAUCCAUGUUGCAAGGAAGUGACCACGUGUACCACGUGUGUGGACCCGUGUUGUCAGGAGGUGUCCAAGUGUGUCACCAGGUGUGUGGACCCGUGCUGUCAGGAGGUCACCAGGUGUGUCACCACGUGUGUGGACCCGUGUGGCAAGAAAGCCCCCAGGGGCCUCACGCCGUGUUACGACCCCUGCUGCAAGAAGGUGACCAAGUGGAGCAGCCCGUGGGUGAUUCCGUGGUGCAGGAAAGGCUCCAAGUCCAGCACCAGAUGUGGAGAUCCCUGUUCCAAGAAGGGAAGCAAGUCCAGCUCCAGAUGUGUGGAUCCGUGCUACAAGAAGGUGCCCAAGUGCUCCACCCCGUGCCAAGAUCCGUGCUGUGUGACCAGGUGUGACCCCAGGUGCGUGGACACGUGUUGUCAGGAGGUCACCAAGUGCAGAACCAGGUGUGUUGAUCCCUGCUGCCAGGAGGUCACCAAGUGUGUCACCAGGUGUGUGGAUCCAUGUUGCAAGGAGGUCACCAAGUGCACCACCAGGUGUGUGGAUCCCUGCUGCCAGGAGGUCACCAAGUGUGUCACCACAUGCCAGGACCCCUGCUGCCAGGAGGUCACCAAGUGCACCACCAGGUGUGUUGAUCCCUGCUGCCAGGAGGUCACCAAGUGUGUCACCAGGUGUGUGGAUCCGUGUUGCAAGGAGGUCACCAAGUGCACCACCAGGUGUGUUGAUCCAUGUUGUCAGGAGGUCACCAAGUGUGUCACCACGUGCCAGGAUCCCUGCUGCCAGGAGAUCACCAAGUGUAGAACCAGGUGCGUUGACCCGUGCUCCCAGGAGGUCACCAAGUGCGUCACCACGUGCCAAGAUCCCUGCUGUGUCACCAGAUGUGCCACCAGGUGUGUCGAUCCCUGCUGCCAGGAGGUCACCAAGUGUGUCACCACAUGCCAAGAUCCCUGCUGCCAGGAGGUGACAAAGUGCACCACCACCAGGUGUGUCGAUCCCUGCUGCCAGGAGGUCACCAAGCGCGUCACCACGUGCCGGGAUCCCUGCUGUGUCACCAGAUGUGCCACCAGAUGUGUGGACCCAUGCUGCCAGGAGGUCACCAAGCGCGCCACCAGAUGUGUUGAUCCCUGCUGCCAGGGUGUCACCACGUGUGCCACCAGGUGCGUGGAUCCCUGUUGCCAGGGGGUGACCAGGUGCCAAGAUCCCUGUUGUGUCACCAGAUGUGCCACCAGGUGUGUGGACUCCUGCUGCCAGGGAGUGACCACCUGCCAAAAUUCCUGCUGCCAGGGAAUGACCACCUGCACCUCCACCUGCCAGGACCCCUGCUGCCAGGGAGUGACCACCUGCCCCACCACCUGCCAAAGUUCCUGCUGCCAGGGAGUGACCACUUGCACCUCCACCUGCCAAAAUUCCUGCUGCCAGGGAAUGACCACCUGCCGCACCACCUGCCAGGACCCCUGCUGCCAGGGAAUGACCACCUGCUCCACAACCUGCCAGGACCCCUGUUGCCAGGGAUGCCGUGGAGGUGUCCAGGUUGUCACCAGGUGUGCCGACUCCUGUCCCACCACCUGCGUCACCCAGACCUGCCCGGUGUGCGGCCAGCGCUGCUCUGUCUCGGGCUGCCCCAAAUUCCGGGCUCGCUGA